AUGAAAGGUUCCUGUUGUAUGAACUGUCUCUUUCUAUGUUUCUUCCUUCUCCUGCCUUCAGCGGCAGCAUGGAGUAAGGAAAUUUUCGUCUCACCGAAUGGUAACGACUCGUUGAAAUGCGGUGCACACGAUCAGCCUUGCAAGUCCAUCGACAAAGCUUUCGACGUAGCUUUGUUUGGCGGUGCUAAUUCAACGUUGAUCAACGUAAAAAGCGGAAAUUACACCAUGGCAAAGAGCUUCAACCUCACUAACGUGGAUACCUUCGCUCUUGUUGGCGACGAGGACUUUGGAUCAGGCAAGGUAAGAAUUACUUGCGAGCCAGAAGUAAGCAUUUCGUUCGUUCUUUGUGAAAAUAUUAUUUUCGAAAGAAUACAGCUGCACAGAUGUGGUGGAUGGCGAGAAAGUACCGCGGGAGCAAACGAGUCGGUUCCCAUCGGACCCGGUAACCGAGGUGUUCUGUUUAGGACCGUUUUAGACUUUCGAUAUUGUAGAAACGCGCGGUUCACCAAUGUUGAGGUGUCAAACUCGCCAGGGGUUGGAAUAAACUUCUUCAAUGUUGGAGGCAUUUUGAACUUAACGAACUGUGCAUUCACCGACAAUAAAGGCGCAAACUACAACGAGUCCAACAGGCCGCUACAAGCCCCAUUCAUUGGAGAUGAAUAUUUGCUUUCAGGAGGUGGGGUUAUUUUGACUCUUAGCGUGUACGAAUACAAUGUCUUAAACGUCACACCGAGCCAACAAGACUCGUUCCAACACAAAAACAGCUACAUCUUCUCGAGCUGCACAUUUCUCGGAAAUGAGGCGAUCGGAUGGAAUAUUAGUAGUAUCUUUGAUCAGAAGAAGGAUCCCGGUCGAUCAGAAUUUAGCUUAGGUGCAGGAUUGGCGAUAAAUUUCAAAGGCAAUGCCAGCGGCUGCAAUAUUCAAAUUCAGUCUUGCUCAUUUACUGAUAAUAGGGCAAUAUGGGGAGGAGCUCUUAACGUCGAAAUAAGAGAUCAUGUGAAAAGGAAUCGUUUCAUGAUAACGAACACUUCAUUUCAUGACAAUUUUGGGAAACUCGCCGGCGGGGGUGUUCGGAUUGGCAAUUUACAAACACGGGCCACAGUGGACACUAUGAAUACAUUUAUCUUUGAUAAGAACUGUGUAUUCACAAACAACACAGCCAUUUGGGGCGGUGGUGUGUCACUGUAUGGAAGACCUAUAUGGGGCUCUUCCAAUACGGAGACUCACUUUUUGGGGAUGUUCAACCUUUGUAUCUGGCGAGACAACAAAGCAACAGUGGGAUCCGCAAUAGCGGUCAUGCUUGACAGAAAACAGGAAGUCCAGGUUGAUUCGGGAAUUCCAAUCUCGAUCAGCUUCAAAGACUGCACGUUUACAGGGAACCAAGUUGUCGUUUUAGAUGAAGGUGUUAUGAUAGGCGAAGGUGCAUUGUACAGUGAUGGGGUAAUCCUUAACUUCCAAGGGAAAACUUUGUUUAUAAACAAUACGAACACGGCAUUGUCCUUGGAUGGGUCGGUAACAAACAUAAGCGAUCAUGUCAAUUUUAUCAAUAAUCAUGGCUACAGAGGAGGGGCCUUGGCAAUGCGUGGCUAUUCAAAAAUUAUUUUUCAGAAGAAUUCGACCUUAUCUUUUUACAACAAUUCGUGUGACCACAAAGGAGGAGCAAUGUACAUCGAAACUGCUGGAUCUCCAAUGGUGGCUUUCAACGCAACUGGUGUGGACAUUCAUGAUUGCUUUUUCGGAUACCAAGACACACGAGACUUUCAAUACUGGAAUACCUCUGUAAUUUUUCAAGGCAAUAAAGCAGUUGAUGACAAAAAAGGAAACUCAAUAUACGCAACAACUCUUAAAAACUGUCGGCGGCCUGGUGAGUCUCGGAAAGACAACACAGUGCUGAAAUGGAAAUUCAUCAAUUUCAAAACUUUAGAUGGUAAGAUUUCCUCGAGAAAGAACGAAGUAAUAACUGAUGCUGUAGAACUACAUUUUGAUCGGAAAGAUUGGAAAGUUGCUCCAGGACAAGUAUUUAACGCAACAUUAAGGUUAGUGGACGAGAUAGGGAACACCGUCGUUGGAAUUGUGGACAUUGAUAUCCAUGUUCCUGAAAAAGCACCAGCAGUUAAACUUGGAACUACCUCUACGCUCUUUCUAGCUGACGGACAAAUAUCUUCUCUAAGUCUGACUGGAAAGCCAGAGAGUGUGUUCACGGUGGUUAUGCACUACAUGGCAAGAGAACUGUUACAGGAAAGCAUUGUAAACGUCUCUUUGCAGAGAUGCCACGCAGGCUUCUCUUAUGACGAAACCACUCAGAAUUGCGUUUGCAUGAAAUCUCCAGGAAUAGCACGGUGUGACUUACAUGACAAAAAGACUGUUUACCUGAAGAAAGGAUAUUGGGCUGGGAAAGCGAGCGAUAUUAAUUUCACAACACAUCUCUGCCCCGACGGAUACUGUACCACUCACAAGUCCAUAUUUCCUUCUGAGUACAAGUACAACGGAACAGUGUGCAAAAAGGGCAGAAACCAGACGAGUGUACUUUGUGGCCAAUGCGAGCGUGGUUACAGUAUCAUGUUUGUGAGCGAACAAUGCUCACCCGAUUGCUCUGAUAAAUGGCUAUGGAUGAUUUUUGUCUAUGUAAUAGCCCUCAUCAUAGUUACUUGCUUCGUGUUGUUGGUUAAUCCGAAUCUGUCAGGGGGACACCUAAAUGCUUGUUUGUACUCAUAUCAAAUCAUGAAAAAACUCACUCCAGAAGGGUUUACUUUCGAUUCUUUUAUUGAAUUUCUCAUCGGACUGACUAACUUUCAACUUGGAGGUAGACGUGGCGUUUGUCUCGCGGCUGGUUUAAGCAAUGUUGACAAGCUGGCCAUAUCGGCUCUGUUUCCAAUCGCUGAAAUCCUUCUGAUAUUGCCUUUAUUAAGAUGGGUGUUGAUUAUAACUUGGAGCAGGGGGUUGGACAGGCUAGUUAACAGACUGAACGACAGAGAGCGUUGUCUUUGUGGCUGUUUCUGUCGAAACGCAGUUGCGAGCUGGCUGGAGUUCUUGUCUACUUCAUUCAGAGCACGUAUAGAGAAUGGAUUCGACCAUGCCUUCUUCACCGUUGUAGUUUUGUGCUAUGUCGACAUAACCAACAUUGCACUGCGUCUCUUGCAUUUCGUGAAGGUUGGUAGGCGGUGGGUGUUGUAUGAUGAUGGUAAUGUUAAAUUCUUUGACAGCUCUUUGCACGGUAUAUUCAUAAUCGGCGCUAUUUUCCUUCUGCUGUUCGUUAUUUACAUCCCGUUAAGACUUGUAAUCUGCCCGCAUAAGUCAAACUUGCGACUUGAAACUUUGCACGCUUGUCUCAAGCCUGGAUAUCGCUCUUUUGUGGCUUACUACCUUGUGUGUCGACUGGUGCUGCUACUAAUAAGCACUUUCAUGCCUACUAGCCCACUGAAAGCCUCGUUGUUGCUGUUCUUUUGCAUUUUCUUCAUGUUUGUCAUUGCAACUGUGAGGCCUUACACAGAAAGGGACCAUGGUGGCAAUGAAAACGAAGUUCUACAAGCGACAACGCAAAGUGGUAACAGGACUGUAGGAAGACAAAGAUCGAGAGAAGCAAGUCCAGGCAUCAUUGAAACUCCAUUUCCACAAGAACUAAUCCGUGUAGGUGCGGGUGGCAACCAAAUGGAAGAACAACAAACAGUGGCAAAUGAAGGCAAUGCUGAAGGAGAUCAAAAUCCGAGAGGAGAGGCAGAGGGUUCCCAGAAAAACCUGUACAUCAACGAGUCUGACCUGGUGAUCUUAAUGACGCUGAGUGCCAUUGGAGUUUUCAGUCUUGCCGCCAACACAGAGGUCUCCAAAAAUACUAAACUUGGUCUGCAGCGGUGGGUUAGGAUCUUGGCAUACGUCCCUCUGGUGAUGGCUUUGCUUCCCUACAUCUUCUAUUUACCACGCCUAGUACAGAGGUAUCGCUAUGAGAGAAGAGAGCAUCAAGUAACUGAGCAACAGGAUGUAUCAUUCAUGCCGCUCGAGCGUAGCCUCGUAUUACAAGAAGAUCGGUCAGGUGAGAACACUCCACUGAUAAGAACCAGAGAAGAUACAGAUUCUGACCAUGGUACAAGAUUUCAUACAGCCCACUCGAGCCUUCCAGUGUAGACGAGGUACGUCAUAGUUCCUAAGAUACUUAAACAACGUAUACUUUACUUACUUCCCUUUAAUCAAACGUUCUGUAAUUACGUACAGGCGCCAAUGUAGAUGGCGGAGAAAAAGGAAUUGAGGAAAGCUGUGAGGCACCUUUUACGGGGGCAAAGAGGAUACCUGCAUGAGAGCUAUAGAUUACAAUACAAUAUAAUACAAUAUUUAUUUGCCAUAUACGACAUUUACACAUGGAAAAAAAAAAAUGAAGAAAAUUGAUGACAGAAAAUAAAUGGCGAGAAAACCUGAAAGAAACCACGAGGCUUAUAACAAGUCAGGCUUUCUCACUUAAAAUAACUAAUCUUAUAUUAGAAUUACAAUAUGGACUUAUGGUAAUUAACUUUGACCGCGCACACGUACACACACACACGCACACACAUAUUAACUAAGUUAGUUAAGAAUUACUGCCUUACAGAAGCUAAUACUUAGAGAGAAGAAAUUCCUUAAGCUUUCUUUUAAAAGAAGCGGAGGAGGGAGAACUAGUUAUGUCAGAAUUUAACGAAUUAUAAAAGUUUGGACCUUGAAAGUAAAUUGAAAACUUCCUGGUGUUCGUUCUGCACAGUGGCAAACGGAAGGACUGAGCAUUCCUAGUAUUAUAAUUGUGGAUUUGACUAUUCAGUAAAAAAAAAAAGUUAUUGAAUUUGGAAGGGAGUGUAGAGUUCUUGAAUGAAAACAUAAAAGUACCUAAUUGAAACGAAUGGAUAUCAUGAAAUUUUAAGAGUUUAAGUUCCUUUAAAAUAGGGCCAGUAUGGGCAAUGUAUGUAGAAUUGCUUACUAUUCUUAACGCACGUUUCUGUAAGGUUACAAUUCUUUGAAGGUUUGACUUAUAGGUACCAGCCCAAGCUAAAUUGCAAUAAUACAAAUAUGGAAGGAUCAUAGAAUUGUAUAAAGUACGAAGGGAGUGAGUAGAGAGAAAAAACCUAGAUUUAUGAAUAAUACCUAUAGAUUUGGAUAAUUUAUUUGCUGUUAAGGAUAUAUGCGAUUUCCAGGUCAAAUUGUCAUCUAAUAAAACACCCAAAAACAUGGUCUCAGAAACACGAAGAAUAGGCUGCUCAUUUAUGAAAACUUGAAAUUCAAAGGAUUGCUUCUUUUGCCAAGGCUUGAAUACCAUAAAAUUAGUCUUGGCUAAAUUCAAGGAGAGCCGGUUUGCUGCAAACCAGGUUGACAAUUUGUUUAAUUCUCUAUUUAAUGUGUUAAUUAGGUAAACAGGGUCAUUAUGGGAGAUAAAUAAGUUUGUAUCAUCAGCAAACAAGAUUGCAUCAAGCAGGGAAGCAUUGUUCAAAUCAUUAAUUCAUUAAUAGAUUAAGAACAACUUUACCAUCCCUCUGAAUCUGAUUACUGCACACGGUGCUUUCGACCUUUCUGAUCCUCGCAGUACUUCAUAUGCAGGAUAUUUAUCCCAUACGAGCCUUUAAUGAGCAGUCUGGGUCGUAGCUUGCUUCAAAGUUUUCUUACUUGCUGGUAUCGGACUUUGCCUUCCCCUUCCCAACUGAUGACUUGAAAAAAUUAAGUUAUCUCUAUCAGUCUUACCACGCGGCUGGGGUGCAACAGUGCUUGGGAGCGUGUGGAAAGAAUGAUUCAUAACUUCUGGAAAUCAUUGUCGAGAUCAUUAUUUUACUUGUAAUGGCAGGUACUUUUGCCAUUCUUCAGAGUAACGUAUCUCAUAGCUCACAAAAGAGCUCCGUGUGGCUCAGUAGCAAAGUAACGCCCCUUAAAAUGGAAAGUCUGAGGUUCGAAUCUUUGUUCGUUUAUGUGACGAUCGAGCUUGAAAUUUGCUGUUUAAUUUCUAUCUGCGGAAGCAGUUACAGUAGGACUCUUGCGUAGUGGCAGUAUCACUACAUAAUUACCUUCAAUAUUUUUGAAAUAUCUAUACUAAUUUUGAUUUCCUCCUUUGUUUCCCUUUUUGUUGCCAGAGGUGAAAUUGUACUUAGCUACGAAUUUAGAAGCAGACGAGUCACUGAUGUGCAACAAAGAUUUGAAUAGUGUCUAUCGUAGUUGA